GGCUCCAAGGGAAGCAAAGGUGAAAGUGGUAGCCCAGGAGUUCCUGGUUUCAUUGGACCAAGAGGUCCUCCUGGAGAACCAGGGGAAAAGGGGGUCCCAGGGAAAGAGGGCACAUCAGGGCAACCAGGAGCACUUGGAGAAAAAGGUGAAAGGGGAGAUCCUGGAGCCAAAGGUGAAACAGGGCCAGCAGGAGAGAAGGGAGCACCAGGUGAUCCAGGAGUUCCUGGUCGCAAAGGACACACAGGACUAAUGGGUCCCCCCGGAGCAUCAGGAGAAUCAGGACAAGUUGGACCUCCUGGCCCUCCAGGACAACCUGGAUUUCCUGGGCCUAGAGGGGAUCCUCCAUCAAUAGAAACAUUGCGAAGACUCAUCCAAGAAGAGUUGGGAAAACAACUUGAUGCCAGACUGCCCUACCUCAUAAGCCAGUUGCAGCCUUCCCAUGUCAAAGCCCCUCAAGGUAGACCAGGGCCUCCUGGAUCACCUGGAAAGGAGGGCUCCCCAGGUAGAGCUGGCCCUCCAGGAGAACCCGGUAGACCUGGACAACCAGGUUCAGAAGGACCAUUGGGACCGGUGGGACCAAAAGGUGAGAGAGGAGAGAAAGGAGAGAAAGGAGACCCUGGCAUUGGUCAGCGGGGUGAAGUUGGCCCUCCAGGAGUAGCAGGUGUUCCAGGUGAACCUGGCUAUGGAAAAGAUGGGAUUCCUGGAGCUCAAGGUCCUCAAGGAGAAGCUGGGGCUCCUGGUCUUAUGGGCCCCCCAGGGCCUCCAGGGGCCAAUGGACAAUGUGACCCCUCCCAAUGUGCUUAUUAUGCAAGCCUGGCUGCUCGGCCCAGCAACGUCAAAGGUCCCUAAAAAUGUAGCCUCCGUCGCUGCCUGUGGACUUCUCAUGGACCUACUUCAGAAAACUUGGAUGAAGCAAGGGAGUUGGGAGAUCCAGUCUGUUUUGCUUCUGUUCUUUGACAAGGAGCAUGGAGACUCUUAAAAUAAAUGCUGCCGGACAGUCAAAUUUUUUUAUAAUUAAGAAAUAAUUAAUUA